AUGCCAAGUGCUGAUGCUUCCAAGUACAAGGUAAUCGUCGACGAUUAUCGAACAGAUUUACUUAAUGGACUUCAGCUAAUUAGAGAGGAGGUACGAGCCAAAAAUGAGAAAUAUAGGGCUAAAAUGAAGGAAGCGUAUGAUGAGCGUAAGAACGUGAACGUUCUUUCUAUUCCAGCGGUGGGAGGAAGGGUGUUCAUGAAACUACCACGAGAAAAGGCUGGAAAACAUCCCAAAUUGACCAUAGACUGGGACAGGCCGUAUCGCGAAUUGCAAACUGACGAAACUUUAGCCCUGAUCACUAAAAUAGGCAGCAAUGAAGAUGCAAUCAAAGUUCAGCGUGACUUACUUCUCACAUGUCCAGAUGACAUUUCAAACGAGCAAGUGAGUGGGAAGACUAGGAGGAAGAGAGUGAAGAGAGUGUUAAAAAUUUCCGUAUCUUCUUGCUCAUUUCAGAAAGGAACUCGAUUUCGAUGUUCCUGA